AGGCCCCAAAACAAUACUUCCCUCACAAGUUAGUCCUUAAUUUACACUUGAAUAUUCCCGAAAAUUUGGGAUAUUACAUUCUUCAUGGAGGGAUACUUUCAUUGUAGAAUCCGAGCUAUGGGGGGUAAGUUGGUGUUGCUGGAUUGUGAAGACAAAGAGGAGUUGAAGGACCUGGUGGAGAUGGCAUCGGAAUGGCUAGGACAAUGGUUCGAAGAGAUCCAGCUGUGGUCACCAAAUAAGAUAGCACAUGAGAGGUUUGUGUGGAUCCGAUGCCAAGGAGCUCCAUUGAACGUUUGGGGCUCGGAUUUCUUUGAAAAAAUGGGUUGCUCAUGGGGUAAAUUCAUAUGCUUGGAUGAUAAUACAAGCAAAAAAAAGAGGUUUGAUAUUGCAAGAAUGCUGAUAUCCACUCCGAUAAUGGAUACAAUAUCCGUUAGGCGCCAGAUCCAGAUCAAUGGCUCGAUUUACAAUUUAAGGUUCUCGGAGGAGGAGUUCACCAAUAGCUUCUUCUCAUUAAAACAGGAUUUUAUUCCUACCUUCCUGAGUGAUUCAGAAGAAAACGAAUCUUGGUCGAUAGAAAGUUCCAAGAAUGAUCAUGGUUUCCAGGAUGUAGAUGGAGAAUGGCAAUCCGGGGAUGAGCCCAAAGGCGCAGAGGGUGGAGAAGAAGAUGUGGUGAGACGUACAGGGGAAACCAACGAUGGUGAGAACAGAGCAUGGGUAACGGGAACGGCAAAAAUGGGGGGGAAUGCAGCUGCUGAUGCAGGAUCCAAAAAUGAGGAAGGCAGGCUUUUGGGCUUGGUGGAGCAUAAUAAUAGCAAGUCAUAUGGAGGUGUUCUUAAAAAAAGAGUUGGGUCAUUUUGUGGCCCAAAUAGUGAGGAUUCCGUUCCUAUAGCUUUGGCCCAAGAAACAAUGGAGGGAGUAAGCUCAAUCUCUAUGGGAAGGAAGGUUAUUAGUGGGAAUAAGAUAGAGUGUUCUGGUCAAAGAAACGGUGAAAAAAGGGGCAGUUCGGGGAGUUGCUCGGGGAGUGACGAGGGGAGCGUUGGCGAUGGGGGGCAGAGGCGUGCAGCCGGAACCCAAAAGAGAAGGAAGAUGAGGUUGAGGUCAUGCAAAUUUGUAUACCUGCAGGAAGCAUCGGUGCAGAGGAAGCAGUGCAGGAACAAGAGGCAGGGUCGCCGGAGCAAACAGCCAACGGGGGGGCAGAUUCUGCCAGAUUUUAUUGCCAGCCCAAAUGGAGAAAUAGUAGGUGAAUCUGUAGGGGACAGUGGGAUUCAAAAUUGUAACAGAUCCAUAAAGAGGAAGAUGCAACGGAAGCUUGCAAAGGAGAUUUGGGAGCUAGCCAAGCACCUAGGAGCGACGGUUGAGUGUGAUGAAGAGGUGAUCUGCAGAAUUGACGAAAUGGAGAAAAGAGAUAGCCAAGCCAAAGCUGACAUGGAGAAGAAGGAAGCAGGAGGUGCGAAGAAGCUAUGCAGGAGGGUGUGGGGGACGGAGGAUUUUGACUGGAUUGCCAAGCCAUCUAAGGGGUUGUCGGGUGGUUUGCUGGGGGACUUCAAUGCUGUCCGGAGCUCAGGGGAGCGGGCAGGGUGCAAUGGGAUAUCCAGAGAAAUGAAAGAUUUUGACAGUUUUAUCAUCGAAUCUGGGCUGGUUGAUUUGCCUAUGGUAGGGAGGAAGUACACCUGGUACAAUGCUAAUGGCCAACAUAUGAGCUGGAUUGAUAGAUUCCUGGUUUCAGAGGAGUGGCUUGUAGAAAACCCCCAAAAAAUUGAGGAAUACAGGCCCAUUUCACUUAUCGGAGUUAUGUACAAGAUUAUCGCGAAGCUGCUAGCAAAUCGCCUUCGGAAAGUGCUGGACAAAGUUAUCGGGGGGCAACAAAUGGCAUUUAUUGAAGGUAGACAGUUGGUUGAUGGUGUGGUUAUUGCUAAUGAAGUGAUUGAUGAGGCGAAGAGGAAAAAGAAGAGAAGCUUCCUUCUCAAGGUCGAUUUUGAAAAGGCAUACGAUAAGGUGUGCUGGGACUUCUUAGACUAUAUGCUGAUGAGGAUGGGCUUCUGCAAGACUUGGAGAAUGUGGAUACAUGAGUGUCUACAAUCUAGCACGGUCUCAGUUUUGGUCAAUGGAAGCCCUUCUAGACAAUUCCCAAUAAGCAAGGGACUCCGCCAAGGAGACCCGUUAUUGCCCUUCCUAUUCCUAAUAGUAGCAGAAGGUUUGAAUGGUUUAAUGUCUUCCGCAGUUGAAAAAGAGUUAUAUAAGGGUGUGAUAGUUGGUAAGGAUGCGGUAAUGGUUACCCACCUUCAAUUCGCAGAUGAUACCAUCUUUUUUGGGGAAGCAACAGAAGAUAACAUCAUGGUGAUUAAAAGCAUAAUGAGGACUUUUGAGCUGCUCUCCGGAUUGAAAAUUAAUCUACAAAAGAGCCAACUAAUGGGCAUCAGCGUUGAAGACAGCUGGGGAAGCAAAAUGGCCUAUAGAUUAUGCUGCAAAAAAGGGGAAUUUCCAUUUAAAUACCUGGGAAUUCCCAUUGGGGGAAGCCAUAGAAGGCUCACAAUGUGGCAGCCCUUGUUGGAGUCUUUUAAAAAGAAGUUGACAAGCUGGAAGGGUCGACAACUUUCUCUUGGGGGUCGAAUUACGCUCCUUAACUCGGUGUUGUCCAGUUUGCCUGUAUUCUUAAUGUCUGUAUACCUUCUUCCAAAAGGGUGUUUUAACUUGUCAUUGAUGGGUAAAUGGUGGGGGAGGCUAGCAGUAAAAGAGGAUGGAUUAUGGAGGAAAGUGAUUGCAAGCAAAUAUAGUGAGGGUGGGGGGCAGUGGAUGGACUGGGUUAGGAACGGUGCAGGGGCGUGUUCUUCUUGGUGGAGAGAUGUCAGAAGGAUUAAUACUGCAGAGGGAGAAACUUCUGGUUGGUUAGCAGAGAGUUUUAGACUGAAGGUAGGAGAAGGGAAGGAUGUAAGCUUUUGGUGGGAUGAGUGGUGUGGGGAGAUUUGUCUAGCUAACAAAUUCCUGAGAUUGUACCUCUUAUCGGCAGGGAAGGAGAAAGAAUGCAGCCAAAUGGGAACUAUGUGUAAUGGAUUGUGGAAAUGGAUUCUCACUUGGAGAAGGAAGUUGCUAGAAAGGGAAGAAGAGGCUGCAAAAGAACUCAGUACGUUAAUUGAGAGUGUGAAGAUAUCUCCUGGCCGACCCGAUGAAUGGGAAUGGAUACACAGCAAGGAAUCCCGUUACUCAUCCAAAACAGCGUAUACACUCUUGACAAAGGUGCCGAGGAGCCUGACUCAAGAAAAAGUCUUCAGGAGGGUAUGGAAUCCCAACCUACCAAGCAAGAUCUCUGCUUUCAACUGGCAACUGCUGCUCAAUAGAAUUCCAACCAAAUCAAACUUGCUAAAAAGAGGAUUGGGCGUAAUCAUGGGUGAUGGCAAUUGCAACCUGUGCCAAGAAGAGGAAGAAGACACAACCCAUUUGUUCCUGAAAUGCAAAAAUGUAAGAUGGAUAUGGAAGGAGUGUGCUAGGUGGUGGGGAAUCAACAUAGAGACACAAGAGGACUACUGGAAGACUUUUGAACAUCCUGGGGCGUGGUCUAAAAACACGAGGAUCAAAAAAGGAUGGGAUUGUACAUGGAGUGCAAUAGUAUGGUCCAUCUGGUUGAUGCGCAAUCGAAGGAUCUUCCAGAACCAAGAGAUGGACCCGGGUAAGCUAUUCGAUCUGAUUCAAAUUCGAUCAUUCUUAUGGUUUAAAGCAAAAAAAGCCUGGUGUUACUUUACUCUUUCGGAUUGGUUAAGCAAUCCUAUUGCAUGCCUCACUGUGAAUUGUGGUGGUAAAAGCUAGGGAGGUAUAGUAUGAAAGAUGGAAUUAACAUUUAGAGGCUGGGUUUUGUGUUGUUUGUGAUUACGCAAAGGAGGACUGAUUUUCGUCACGGGUAUAGUGUCGACACUAAAAGUGGGUGUCGACACCUUGCUAAUUCACUCAUGUAAUUGUGGGCUUCUCAAACAGUUUUGUUAUGGGUUUGGGGUACCCUUGUACUCCGUUUUUUUUAAUAAAUAAAUCUUUUGCUG